AUGGAUAAGCCUUUGUGGAUACUAAGCAAUAAAGGAGAUUUCACGGUAAAAUCUGCUUGGGAGCAUAGUAGUGGAGGGAUUGCAAUUGCAACAGCUGAUUAUCAAAUGGUGGCAAGCACAGUAACAGGGAGACUUAAACAUAUUUUUAAGGCAGCCCCUACUAUAAUCAUUUGGGAGCUGUGGAAAAGAAAAAAUAGCAUCAAGCAUGGAGAGAAUAAAUCCCUUGGAACAGUGAUAUUUCAGGUAUAUGCUACUAUUCAGAGAUUGGUGCAAAUUAGGAACCCUUCUUUUAAGGUGUUACCUAAUAAAUGGGAGGAUUUGCUCAAACUAAUAGAAGGAGGAACUGUAGAACUGAAGGUUACUAAGGUUAAUUGGAACUUCCCUCCCAUAGGGUGGAUCAUGUGUAAUACUGAUGGUGCAUCAAGAGGUAAUCCUGGGAGAAGUUCCUAUGGUUUUUGUCUGAGAAACUCAGCAGGUGAUUUGCUAUAUGCACAAGCAGAGGAGAUUGGGAUAACAACUAAUACUGAUGUUGAAGUAAUGGCUAUCUUGGAAGCUAUGAAGUAUUGUAGGUGUAAAGGAUUGAAUAAUAUCAUAAUGCAGAUAGAUUCUGAGAUGAUUUACAAAAUACUAGAGGAAGGAUGGAAACCAUCUUGGGGGAUUACUAUAUGGAUUGAGGAGAUCAAGCAACUGAGGGAAAUGAGAAAUUUUUUCUUCACCACGACCCACCCCGCACCAAAUUUAACUACGCAAACUAUUACCCGACGUACGCAUGUGCCUUAG